GCUAUCUGUUGUUCCUGUGAAAAGACCGGUGCUGUCUGGAGAGGAGGAGGAUGGAGCGGGCUUGGGGUUUGGCGAAGAGGAGGAGAUCGAGAGAGAGUUCCUCUUUGUCGCUAGCGAGAAGCAGGGAACGGCGAUGCACACUAUGACAGCGGGAACGAUGCAGAUAUCGAUCUCGGCAGACAUCGCUCCCGCGUUCGGCUUCAAGAACCGUUCCUCCGUGAUCGUCACCAAGGUAGAUCAAGAUGCCCACACGGCAGAGCACAUCGAGCUCUGUUUUCGGGACCAGUAUCUCGGCCGAUCAGAGAUGUGGCGCCUGGGAAUGUCGCUCGAAGAUACUUGUGUCCACUCUGCCCAGACGGUCAACUUCGCUACGUGUAUCGAAGCUCAGAUCCAGGGAAUAUUCGUUCGCGGGAUGAGGGUUCAUUCGGCGUAUGUGACUGCUCUCACUAAGACGAUCUAUCGCUCGCUCUCGGCGCGUCACACCCUCCUGAUCCAGAUCAGCAAGGAGCUGUGGGAGUUUGCGGAAGAUGGAGAAAGGUACUACGAGAAACUGUGCAGUUCUUUCCUCCCCGAGCUGUUCUCCCACUGGCGAGCCGCCAACGCGCACCAUCUCCUCUCCGUGGUGCUCGUCUCCCGCGUAUGGUACGACGACGCGGAAUUGAAGUACGCCACGGGUCCGAUAAGGAGGUGCAAGACGACGGAUCGCGCAUACAAGGACCUAUACAAGGUCAUCAUCGACUUAGAGAUUAUGGAGGAGUGGGAGAGCACGCUCGUCUCUCUCAAACAAAGUUUGUGGGACUUUCAGCGUGAAAUCCUCUUGCAGCAUAUUGCUCCGUCCGAGGCUUCCCCACGCAAGGACACGCUGGAAGCAGUGCUCAUUGGACGUAUUUCGAAUGCACACGAAGGAAAUAUCCUCGAAGCGCUCAAUCUCGCACUCAACCCGUUCGAGAAAUACCACGUCGAUCGGGACAUGGGCCGCACGGGGCUCAGCAUCUCCGUCGUCACUCCCGGCACGGGGCGAUUCGAGGUCGGCAAGGAGCUUUUACGGCUGACGAACGAGCGGAUGAACUUCAAUGGGUUUACUGUCGAUCUCGUGUGUCUUACACAUCGACCACUGCACGCCGUCCCUCUGUUUUCGUACAUGUCUGAAGUGCCGGAACAGGAACAUCCCCUCAGUCAGAGAGAGAUGAACCCGCUGUAUUAUGAGAACAGCUCCAAAUCCAGGACGGUGAUGCCUCCAGAGGAGGUGUUGAUACCCCCAGAGGAGGAGGUGAUAGCCCCAAAGGAGGUAUUGCAAUAUCAUAUGAUCCCGAGCUGGGUGUACUGUUCUUACUGGGAACGUUCGUGGGAUAUGCCCUUUCGCACGGACCGGUUCAUCCCCCGCUGCCGCAUAUACGAGAUCCAAAUGCUCGGUCUGCUCGAGCAAGACAUCUCAAGCACCAUUUCCAUCCCGUUCCUGGACGAAGACGCCUCGCUCAUGUUCGGCCCGAAAACCACAUCAGACGGGAAAGACAGGAAAGCGGCUAAGGAACGAGCGAGGCGCAAUUUCGCCCGGAACGUCUUUGGCCGCAAGCCUAUCGAGAUACCCCCACCGCCCUUUAUCGUGGGGUACAACUCUGGCUCCACGCUCUCCGCCGCUUCGCGUUCCUCUGUGCGUAUGCCUCCUGGGGUCCUCAAAAUGCCCCCCUUGAUGCCGGUGGAAGAUCCACCCCGGGGUCGGCCGACGCGCGUCACUCCCCUUACCCCGUCGAGCGAAGUCCCGCCAACGGAGAAACCGCCAGAGCUUAUCAAGCCCGGCACCUCCCCCUCGAAGCCUUCGAUCAUAUCCACCCGAUCGGCUGCUUCUGCAACCGGAUCGGACAGCCUUGGUCCGCUCCCGCCCCGCCAACCACGUAUGUUUAGUGCGUCGUGGUUGCUCUCCUCUCUCAGAGUCCAGCCGGCACUCCCACAGACAACGUCCGUCACUGUCAUCCGUCAAUCACCGUCGGCUCCGACAAAGGCAUUAGAGACGGCCGCACCGCCUGCUGUGACGGCCCCGGAAGUCCCUCCCGCUAUCCUGCAUCCAAUGAAGAAAGACAUCCCCAUCAAGGACAUGAAACCCUUGACUACCGCUGGUGCGAGCCCCGUCCCCAUCUCGAUCAAAGCCCGACAGCAGAGUAUCUCACGGCCUACCCGACCAACGAGUGAGCUGUAUGCCGAUCCACCGCUCAUCCAUCCAGCACGCGCUUCGCUCCCUCGCAAUUCCUUGCCUGCCGACGCUCCUAUGUCUUACAAAGGCGGCAGUGCCGAGGCUUCGGGCUCGACACCCCAGGCCCGCUAUCGUCAGAUCUCGACCGGAGUCACGCUGCUCAAUCCAUCCAACCCCAAACCAGAGCAAUUGGCAGAAUCCGCUCAGGAAGCACGAAGAUGGAAGUACUCAUUCGCCCAACCUACAUUCGAGCAUCAGAUGAAGUGGCAAUCACUCUGUAUGCCCGCGUGUCUUCCUCUCACCGUGGAUGUAUACCCUCGUCAGGACGAACUUGACAACGAUUUCCGGACAUACCAUCAUACGAUCCUCGUUCCUGACGCGAACAGCCAGUUUAUCAGACCCCCCAAAUACAAGAAGGAAGGAUAUACGCCAGAGACCUACCAGGCCGAACAACUUCUCCGCGCGAUUGCGAGCUUUCGGCUUGCCCAAGGCUUCCAGUUUGUGGUUGCCCCCAUUCGAACUGGACGAAAGCACACACCGGUCUUGAUGCAAAAUCGGUUGUCAGGCAGCUUUGGUCGCACGGGUUUGUUAGAGCCGACUACUUCACAUGCAAAUGAUAUAAGCUUGGAGCUGAAAAUGGGCGGAGCUUCCGAAGUGCUGCGGAAUGUAGGCGAUGCGCCUAUCUACCUGAGUAUGGGAAAUCAGCUUCAUCGGAUCUCGUACGACAAAGAAGUGCAAGAGAUCAAAGUGACCGCAUACAUUCGUGGACGACAAAGAGAAGAGGUCCUCUCAUAUGAAUGUCUUAUUUGGCCUAAACACGGCAGUGGGUACAUGAAAGCAGAAGCACACUUUAAUUACCCUGCAGAGCACAUUGGCUGGAACAGGAUGGAUAUGCUUCUCGCUGGUGCUCCCAGUCCACCAGCGGACAGAAUGCGCUACUGGAGGACGAGAUUCGUCGUGAUUCCGUCUCAGGAUGAAUUACAGCCUCGGUUUGAGCCUGGUCCGACCGGAGCGCAACUCAGCAAUGAAGAGGUUCGAAUCCAGGGCAUGGAGCAUUUCGCAGAGCUCUUUGGCCGACUGCGUUGGAGACCAGACGACGUUCAUAAUGAUCCGAAUACUUCCGUUCCCCUUUUGAUCACGUACCUCGAUCCUCUCGCUUGCCUGCUGGAUGAACCGCUCAUGGAGGCUCUGGCCGAAGCUCACAUGCCAGCAAGCGAUCGGAAGCGCAAAUCAGAGAAAUCUAUUGAAGGGAGCUCAUUGCAGUCCAUCGCUCGGGCUAUGCGCGACCCCGAAGGUGGUUUGGUUAUCGAGGAUCACAAGUGGCACAACAAUCUCCACAAGGACAGUUUCUCCGGGUCUGACUUUGUUUCGUUCCUCUUCCGAGAAUAUCGAGACGUAUCGACAAGGGAAGAUGCUGCGGACUGGGGAAACAAGCUAAUGGAUCAAGGGCUCAUCGAACACUGUCGUGCAUAUCAUAUGUUCCUGGACGGCCACUACUACUAUCGUCUAACGGGGGAAUAUGCCGCUUCAAGUCAAACAAAAAGGCAGCGUAUUUGGUUUAAUCGGCAUACCCCGAGCCGAGACAUUCGCAAGGGCAACAGUCCCGCCAAGCGCCAGGAACUCAUUCUAACACAGUCCAUCACACUGGAUCUCGAUCCAAUGAAACACAGCGAUCAGGCGGAACUCGUAAUGCUGCAUCACGACGUUAUCCACAACCCCGAUAAUGCUUUCCACUUCGAGAUGAACUGGAUUGGAACAACAGCGCGGUAUAUUGACGACAUCGUUUGGUCAUGGGCGAGAGACGUCGAGGAAUUUGGACUGAAACUGGUUGAAGCCUAUGUCGAUCAGGUCUCAGACAUAUCGACGCACAGUCCAUUCCAAUCCUGCAUCUCGAUCCCUCUGGCCGUCGCUCCUCCAGUCGUGCCUGACUUGGCUAGGAGACUACCGGUCGGAGCAAAUCCAGGGCUGUAUUUCGAGGCUGCGUUACUACGCGAACUGGGGUAUAUCCUCGACAUCGAGAGCAUUUCCCGAUAUCCAGAGCAAGUGACAGUCAAGUACAGCUAUCGUCAUUCGCCAUAUACGUAUCCGCAGUAUAUCCACAGCUCUGGGCUCGCUUUCGUCCAGGUUGUUGGAGGGACCGACGGGUUCCAGUGGCUCGCCAAUGGCCUUGCGAUCGCGAGUGCAGUGACGAGACGGCUUAAGCAAAAACAGUGGGAUGCGCCAUACGCGUUUAGGGAUGAGUCGCCUCAGCCAGCAAGGGUUGCCGAAGGGAUCCGUCUCCAGCUCCAAGAGUUCUGUGCGGACGCGGACAAGCUGAAGAUGUUCUGGGACAAGGUUGUUGAUGGGUUGCCUCCUGUAAAGGAGGAACAUGAGGAGUUACUGCUUCCGGUUUAAUUUCAAGGUGGACAUCGUCAUCAUGUUGUAUU